GUGGGACCUUCCUUGGACAUCCUAGAAUUCUAAAUGAGGCAGGCGGGAGACGGAUUUGCAUCAGCAACGGCGAGAUUUUCGGCUUUGUUAUUUCAAAUGCAGUUCGUGAACAAAGGUCACUAUUCAGAACAUGAAAAAAACAACGGAAAAUCACGACUUUGCGAGAACUCUUGCAGAGAAGCAUUCUUCGAGGAAGGGCAUGAGCCCCGUACUUAAGCAACAGUCACCUUUCACUUUUCCCCAAGAGACUCCAAUGAAGCCAUCUCAAGUCCCUAACAUGCUUUCUCCUCCUCCACUCAGGAGAGUUUUGCCUUUUGAGACGCCUGAGCAGCACGUCAAAGACAAAUUUAACUCUGAGUGGAACCGUCAUCAUCCAGCAGGUCCAGAACGUUCUCGAUUUCUACCAAACAGCCCCACCAGCAGUCGGUUACUGUUGAAUCCAAAGGACAGAGUGGGUCCUCCAAAGCAUUUUGCUCAGCCUCCUGGAUGUGUCCCUAGUAGUCCAGGCAACACUGGUACCUCUGUACAGAUGUCCCAGCCAAGAGAAAGACAGGGUCCACAGCGGCACAUCGGACAGUCAGAGCCAGGACAUUUCUGUUCAUCUCCGCUUGUUCCACUCUCCCCAUCCAGCAAUAACAUUUCAUCUGACAGACCCUCAUUUCCCAUUUUUCUUAAUUCCCCAUCCGCUCAGUCUGUAGCGCAUUUCAAAAGCCACACCCUGCCCUGCUCCAGUAGCGAUCGAGAGACUGAAUCCAAAGUCACUUCCAUCGUCUCAGGAAGCAACAGUGAAAAGAGCCAUCAAUAUGAGCAGAUACCUUCAGGAGAUAACUUUGUCCCAGCCAUGGAUCUGAACCGGUCUUCUCAGAAGAGACACAAAGAGUUUGAGCCCUGUUCUGAGGAUGCUAAGAAACCAUGUCUUCAGGAUGCAAACUCGGGCAGAAAUCCAACAGUCAAGCUAACUCUUGGCAAACCACCAAUCUCGUCAAGGUUUUUUAAGCCGUCAUUAAAUAAUCCGUCGGUCCUGGAAUUAUCAUCACCCAGAAAGAUGGGUGGUCUUCUGGUUUCUAAGCCGACUUGUGGACAGUCAACAAGCUCAAAGUUAUUAUCCAAACUGAAACCCAGUCAGACACACCUCACACCGUCACCUAAACAUUGUCCAAAGAAAUCUCCAUCAGCUGGGCAAGAGGAUUCGACCACCGCUCAGGGGAAUCUACCCAAGCUGUGUGCAUCUUCAAGGCCCAGUCAAGAAACGGCCAAAAAGGAAAACGAGAAAAAACAUAAAAGUGGAAAGUCGAGUUCUUCCAAAUGUCCUCAGGAGGAUAGCGGUGGAUCACGUCAAGUUGGGCCAGCCAGCCACUACUCUAGUUCUACCAAGGGUCAUCACACUGGAGAAAUCAGAAAAUCUCACGGUAGCACUCCCAGAUCAUCAUCAGAAGAGCGUAGUAAACCAAGUCGUGUACGGGGACCUGCUGUCCCUGGUGACAUAAAUGAGCUUUUCACACCUGAUCCUAUGGUUUACGUGGUCAACUCCUUGUGUAAGACUGCAAAGACCAAGAUGGUUGAGAAAAACAUUAACUCACAAACCUUAGGAACAUGUUCCAGCCCUCCUGCUGGCUGUGUGCCUCCAGUAACUACAUCCUCUGGUCACAUGACUUCCCAUUCCAAAGUAACAGGACUUCCACAGGCAGUGUCCUCCUCAGAGCAUAACCUGCUGUUCUCGUUGCCAACUGUGAGUUUAAAGCGCAUUAAACUAGAAAAAUUUAAACCUUUCAUGUGUCCUAAAAACAGCCCUGGCCCGUGUUCAGAAAGACAACUUACAGUUGAGGCUGUAAGGGAGAGUGUUAAAAUUCAUCACAAACAAUCACCAUCAGCCUCGGCCAGUCCGAGUUUGCGUGCUUUGGACACACCAGCCACUAAACUAACACCGUCACCUCCUCGCAGAAGGUCUCUGUCACUGGAGAGACAGGCGAGCGAAAGGAGUAAAAAGGAGGUGAAUGAAGAGGAUCCCGCUGAUGUAGAGCUAGACCUGGACUUAAGCAUUACAUAUGAUAUCAAAGAAACCCAGAGCUCAGAUGGCAGCGAAGAGGAAGAGCUGGUUUCCUUCCAGGAGAUUAUGGAGCGCGUUACCAAGGUUCCAGAUACACCGGAGAAAGAAGCCUUCUCCGAGCCGAGCACACCCGGGCUUCGCAGCUCCCAGUCAAAAACCGUGCAGCCAUCCUCCACUAAAGCAGUGGUCUACAAGAACAGUCUUGACCAGAUGUUGAAGGAAUUUGAUGACAACAAAAGAGCCAAAGAGAUCGAGGCGGAGCUUCUAACUGCCUGCAACGGAGGUCUGUUGAAAUUGGCUGAAUUUGAGGAGUCUGAAGAGAACCAGGAUGUCUCCAGUGAGCAACAGGAGUUCCUUCAGCGCUACUCACUGAUGUCCGCUGCAAUCAGAGAAGUCCCUCCAGGAGAAAUGGUGUUCAACUUGGAGAAAUUUGGCCAAAUCUUCAAUGAGCAAACACUGCAGUUGAGGCAGUGCAUGGUGAAUCCUCAGGGCACGGCACAGAAGACACUUCUUUGGUCCAGCCCUGCUCAGCUGAGACUUCAUUUAAACAUUGGGCUGUUUCAGGAAUCGUACAACUGUAACUCACCCUGUCCCACUCAGGUUUCCUGUUUCCUUUUCAAGAUGAUGUCAGUCCAUAAGGAAAGGAUGUUAUCAGAGAAGAUCCUGCAAGCCCUCUGUGACAUCGCCUGCACUGCUGCCUAUCAGAUAGUCAAAAUGGACGAUAAGAAGUUUGAAGUGUGGGUCCCUAGUUUGGCUGACCUGACGCUGGUUCUCAUCAACAUGGGUGUUGCGUUUGUUACGCUCUUUCCUUUUGAGCAUCUGCAGCCGUCCUUCACCGAAGGAGAUGUGCUGGGGGACAUUUAUAUAAAAAGUGAGAGUCCUUCCAACAACAAGGAAGAGAUGAUUUUCCCUGAACACAACCUCAGCAAUAUCUUUAAGUACCUGUCGUACUGCAUGGGCCUGUGCCCUCGUGCGUACAGCGAUGACGAACUGCUGCUGCUGCUAACUAUUGUGGGAAGGAUCAGUCUAGAAACACGAUGCAUUCUCCAGUCCAGAGUGGAAGUGAGCUGCCUUCAGUAUAAAAUCUUCAACAACAUCAGGGACUGGAGCGCUAUGCUGCCCAGAAUCUGUCAGGCCCUCACUAAUUUGACAGAUGAUCACCACAACAUGUGUCUGCUGGUUCAGCUGCUGCCUGACAACACACGUGGAAAAAACUUAAGGCAACAUCUGAGCAUGUCCUUCAUCUCCAAAUUGCUGGAUGGAACGAGCAUUUACCGACCUCCUUCAGAGGGCUUCCAGCUUGCUGACUUGAGGCCGUACCUUCCCAGAAUGCGGCCCUCCGUUCUUUUCUGUGUCAUGAAUCAAAAAGACAAAGAGGGAGACACCGUCACUCUAGACCAACAGGCGUACUACCUUUGCUAUAGCCUCCUGACGCUGAUGAAUGAAGCUUCUAAUUUUCACAUCUUCCCACAGAAUCAGAAGGCACAGCUGCUUGCUUUAUCGAAUGAGCUGGAAACUCACGUUAAAUGUUACAUCAGAGAGAGUGCGAAGUGUCUUUACCGCAGCAAGGUGAAGGACCUGUUAGCCCGGAUCUACACCAAGUGGCAAAUGCUUCUUCAGAAAAUCAGACCUCUUGAUGGUAAGCUGUAUGAUUAUUGGCAGCCUGCAGAUAUGUUAAGGAGCACCCAAGAGGAUGAAGAAUGCACUUUAAUAGAAGAUGAAGAGGAUGAAACCACUCUAACCAGUGAGAGAGAUGGACUGAUGGUUGAUGAGAAGGAAGAGGACAGGGUGAUGGAGAAGAUGGAGACUGAAGGACAGGGCACUGAGGAGGACAUGAGCAGAUCAGAGGGAGAGGAUAGUGACUCCAACCAAUCGAUGCCGGGGAGCCAACCUCAUGCGGUGGACGAGCCAAUGGACAUCUGCGCUGGAGAGUACUGAACUCUGAUGGCAACUGUGUCCCACAUAUUUCUGUUUCUGGGUUCUCACACCCACUGCCUUAUUAAUAAAGAUUGCACUUUUA